AGUCUGUGCGCGCCCUACCAUCCUCAGACCAAUUGCUUGGUGGAAAAGAUGAAUGGCACCAUUCAAGGGUAUUUUGAUGGAUGGAUGGAUGGAUGCUAAGCAAUACCAUAUGUGACAAUUGUAUGUUUCACCUUAUAGGAUCUUAUCAAAACUCGUUGAGGACAAACCCAAAACCUGGAAUCAACAUCUCCAAACCACACUUUUUGCCCUGCGUACAAAGAAACCGCUGACGACAAGAUACUCCCCCCAUUUUCUCAUGUUUGGGUGGGAGGCCAGAUAUCCCAUAGACAUUCCAACGGAGUAUGAGAUUACUCAUGACUACGUGGCACUUGUGGCAGAGGAAAGAUUGUCCUCAGGCCUUCAGGCCCUUCCUGAACAUUUUGCCAUUGCCCAACAAAAUAUGGAGAGGGCAAGGGAGAGAGUUAAACGAAAAAGGGAGGAGCUGGGCCAUGAUGAUGAAUUCAAAGUGGGUGAUAGACAAAAUAUCAGACAGGAGCAGAGGAAAGGUGGAAAGAUGGAGAAGGCAGUGAUAGGGCCAUUCAUUAUUACAAACAUUGAGGGAAAAAGUGUGGAUGUUGUGUCUCAAAAGGGCAAGAUCCACCAGAAGAUCAAUAUGGAUCAAUUACGAUACAUUGACCCGACACCAAGAAUCCCACACAAGUGGAGUGGCCCAUCAGCCUCUAUGCCAUCAACCCUUUCUGCUGAUGAAUCCCCAUGUCAUUCUGAGUGGCGAGUGUCCCCAUGUCACACUCCUUCGUUUCAAUCUCCUCCAUCGUACUCUCCAGCACAUGAGGGGCCUUUGACAUCACUGCGUUCCCCAGUCCAAGCUGUACAGCCUGCCACAGAUCCACUGGAAACUGUGCUACAUAACAUUUGGGCUAGGGAGAAGGGAGAGAUUUUGUGGUGUAAGGCAGGACCCUACAAGUUGUUCUCCCACAACCUGCGAGAACAUUUAGGACCUGGGAAACUUCUGGAGAGUGAGGUCAUAAACUCAUACCUCCACAUAACUUUGAGUGAUUGCACUAAAGCAGGGAAACGGGUGUUUUUGAUUGAUUCCUACCAAAUGAGCAAUGUUUGGCAAGGGAAAAACAAAGGUUUGAAAAAGGUGGACCCUUUGGAUAAUGAAGUCAUGGUGGGAGCAGUUUGUGACCACAAUCACUGGACUUUAAUGGCAAUGUAUCCACACCAGAGGCGCUCUAUCUAUCUUGACCCAUUUGGAGCUUCAACUGGGGCAAUAAAGAGGUGUGGAGAUGUGUCCAGAUCCGGUGCACACUUUGUGGGAGCUUGUUCCACUGGAGCUGGGGAACCACCUAGGCCUACUCAUGGGGAGGUCCACUGCCUUUUAUGUUUCUGA